AGGCUGGCUGUAUAAAUGGACUAACUACUUGAAGGGCUACCAACGCCGGUGGUUUGUCCUUAGCAACGGCCUUCUGUCAUAUUACAGGACUGCCGCUGACUGGAUGAUGUUUGUUUGUCGCACACUGUCGUGCGUGAAAAGCACAGGAGCCCGGCCGUUUCUGAGACACUGGAACCAGCGCGCCUUGCACCGACGAUCAUACCACGCUCUGUCGCUUAGGCCACUCAUUUUGCCCAUUCUAGCCAUACUGUUCACAUUUGUGAACAGGAUGGUGUAACUAAUAAACUGACCAAUGAGUCUAUAUUUAUGGUUGCUUAUAUGAUGACAUUUGCACAUUUCAUGUAGAUAAUUGUUAUCAAUGAAGCUUUGAAUAAUAUUUUAGAUGAGAUUCCCAUUGGAAGAGCUUUUUUUUGUGGGUGAGGGGUUAUUUUACAGGAAUGACUGUCAGCGCGUACGACACUGCAUAUCUAUGUAACCUACAAGAGGUCGUUACAUUUCAUUAUGAUGUAUAAGAUGUCAGACAUGAUUUAUCUGAUGCUUUUAGAAUGUGUGGUCCUCUGAUUCAGUAACGGCCUUCACAGUUGUUAGGCACAGUUCCCUAAAACCAGUUAAGAGGGAUCUCAGCCAGACUGUGUUAUGCACUAAUUGUGAGGUAUUUGUCAGAGGUGUGUGUGUGUGGACACACUUGGACAUCACCACUUUCCCCGGCUGCCCUACAGUCUCUGAUGGGAAUGCAUGACUGCUUUGCCGUGUGUGUUUAUGUAACUGAACUCUUGAGUACCAGCACAGAAUAAAGAGUUAAAUGCCCUGGCAUAACCAACGCAUUCACAUUGCACUGACAUGCACACACAGAUACACUGCCAAGCACUCACAUCAGCUAUGCUCAAGUAGGUGCAGGUGUAACAAACCAUGAGAUACUGUACUCCUAUGAAAUAUAAAUAAUUGCAUGUGUGUGUGGCUGAAUUUGUGUGGUGUGCAUGUGUGUGUGGCAUUUCUGUCUCUAGAACUAGAUUUAGUCAGCAGACUCUUUUCCCUUGUCUCUGUGUGUGUUGGUGUGUGUGCGUCUCUGUGCAUUAGGACUCAGGCAGAGAUGGCCCACACUUGCCGUGGCACCAUCUCCCUGACCACGGCACACAUUGAAGUGGGUGACGCGUGCCACCUGGUGCUAACCAGUGGAGGGCGGAGCUACCACCUGAAGGCCACCUCAGAUGGGGAGAGUCAGCGCUGGGUCUCUGCCCUCCAACAGGCUAAGGCCAACGCCAGUCACAUGAUGCACCAAUCAGAUGACUCUGGAGACGAGGCCCCCGUGCCCCAGCCUGACCGAGCCCUGACCCAGGGGGCUCUGAAGACCCUGGCCAGUAAGCUGGACGACCUGAGCACCUGCAACGAGCUAAUCGGCAAACACGGCGCCGCCCUGCAGCGAUCCCUCAGCGAGCUCGAGGACCUGCGCACGGCCACCGACGGCACCGACAAACUCAAGACUGUCAACGAGCGUGCCACACUCUUCCGCAUCACCUCCAAUGCUAUGAUCAAUGCCUGUCGGGACUUCCUGGACGUAGCAGAGACACACAGCCGGAGGUGGCAGAGAGCCCUGCAGUAUGAGAGAGAACAGCGCCACCACCUGGAGGAGACUAUUGAACAGCUAGCCAAGCAGCACAACAGCCUGGAGAGGGCCUGGAGAGAGGCUCCCAGCACACACCCAGACGGAGGUGAGAGAACGCAGGAGGGGGACGCCAGUGAUGAGAAUGAAGACACAGAGUUCUUUGAUGCCAUGGAGGACUCCCCUGCCUUCAUCACAGUGACCGCCUCUGACCACACCCAGCACAGACGCUCCGGCAGUAACCAGAGUAUCAUGAGUGGAGGAUUACCCAAUAAUGAAUGGAGCCACAAUGAGAAUGACUCUGGCUCCAACAACGUGCAGCUGCGUAGAGUUAGACGGAGCCGCAUCCCAAACAAACCCAACUACUCCCUCAACCUGUGGAGCAUCAUGAAGAACUGCAUCGGCAAGGAGCUGUCMAAGAUCCCCAUGCCUGUAAACUUCAACGAGCCCCUAUCGAUGCUGCAGCGUCUGACUGAGGAUCUAGAGUACAGUGACCUGCUGGACCGGGCGUCUCGCUGUGAAUCGUCCCUGGAGCAGAUGUGCCUGGUGGCAGCCUUCUCUGUGUCCUCCUACUCCACCACCAUCCACCGCACUGCCAAGCCCUUCAACCCCCUGCUGGGGGAGACCUACGAGCUGGACCGCCUGGACGACUUCGGCUACCGCUCCAUCUGCGAGCAGGUCAGUCACCAUCCCCCAGCUGCCGCCCACCAUGUGACGUCACAGCGAGGCUGGACCCUGUGGCAGGAGAUCACUAUCGACAGCAAGUUCAGAGGGAAAUACAUCUCUGUAAUGCCAUUAGGCUGCAUCCACCUGCAGUUCCACUCCAGUGGGAAUCACUAUGUGUGGGGCAAAGUCACCUCCACGGUGCACAACAUCAUAGUGGGCAAACUGUGGAUUGACCAGUCUGGGGACAUUGAAAUAGUCAACCACAGGACCAAGGACAGCUGCCACCUCAAGUUUGUCCCUUACAGUUAUUUCUCCAGAGACCUCUCACGCAAGGUGACAGGUGUGGUAGCAGACAGCGAGGGCACGGCCCAUCACAUUCUGUCUGGGACCUGGGACGACAAGAUGGAGAGCGCCAAGAUAGUGGAGAGUAGCCGGGGAUGUGGAGGGUCAGAGGGCAAACAGAAGACCCUCUAUCAGACCCUCCAGCCCAAAGUGCUGUGGAAGAAAUACCCUCUCCCGGAGAAUUCUGAGAACAUGCACUUCUUCUCCUCCUUGGCCCUGACCCUGAACGAGCCUGAGGAGGGCGUGGCCCCGACUGACAGCCGCCUGAGGCCCGACCAACGGCUGAUGGAGGCGGGGCUGUGGGACGAGGCCAACGCCCACAAACAGCGUUUGGAGGAACGACAGAGGCUGGAGAGGAGGAAGAGGGAGGCACAAGCAACACAGGUCCUGGAAGAAGGCCAAGACAUCGAGGGCUUCCAGCCACUGUGGUUUGAGAGGAGGACAGAUGAUUCAACGGGGGAGAGCACUUACGUGUACAGGGGUGGAUACUGGGAGGCCAAAGACAGACAGGACUGGAGCCAAUGCCCUGAGAUCUUCUAAGGCUCCACCCCUAGGUCUGUGACAUCACUGGAGGGCAGAGCUGAGGGAAUAAUGGACAAGCAGAGGGAGGGGUCCACAUGCUGCAAACACAUUGACAUGUGGCCAACUCUUUUGUCAAUGUGUGUGUGUUCCAGAAAGACGGAGCCCUCCAUGCCAAACUUCAAGAACAUUCUCUGUCCCCUUCACCGACCAGUGUUUCCCAAGCAUGGCCUCGUGUGUGUGUGUGUGUGUGUGUGUGUGUGUGUGUGUGUGUGUGUGUGUGUGUGUGUGUGUGUGUGUGUGUGCGUGUGCGUGUGCGUGUGUGUGCGUGGCGCAACAGAGUAAGUUAGAGAGACAACCUAUUUGAGAUAUUUUGAUUAAGAGUUACAAAAUAGAUAGAGCUAUUGCAUGGAAACCCAUAUUUAUUUGAGGUGGUAUGUCUAGUGGUGCCUAGCGCCCAAUUGAUCUGGUAAUAAGGUAAUAACUACCGUAAGUUUAUAAUAUUAUAGAAUAAUAUUGGGACAAUUGUAUGGAUAAGGGGGGGAAAUGAAAGAGGUUGUGUUUUGGUUCUAGGAUGUCCUGUUCCAGUCUGAGCAACUAUCUCCAAUAUAUACCAAGGGUACAAAACAUUAGGAACACCUUCAUAAUAUUGAGUUGCACCACCUUCUGCCCUCAGAACAGCCUCAAUUCG